AUGAACGCAGUAUCAAGUAUGAGCCAGGGGAUGGGCUCGAUGGGCUCGGGGAUGUCGCAGUAUUGGAAGAAGCACAUAGCCGAUAGUGUUUGGCUUCGCCUUUUUGUAUAUCUGCUGGGCGCUCUGGCGAUUCUGUUCCAAGCUCUUGUCAUCCUGGGCGACGUACCUGGAGCCCAAGGCUCGGGGAGUGGGACGUCAGGAUACUAUCUUUUACAGUUCAACUCCGUUGAUGGACUGGCAACAACCCGGUUACGCAUCGGGUAUACAGCAAUGUGCUGUUCGCUCUCAAGUGGCCCGGAGCACUGCGCCAUCACCGUCGGCAAAGACCACGCAUCCAGUAUCCGGUACCUGUCCAUCGGGACCAACAACAUCUACGACUUUGAAUCGCUACCUGCUAACCAGACGCUCAACUCGGUCUUGUUUGAGGUGGCGGCAUCCCUGCAGAACGAUGUUUUCAUCGUCUUCCCUGCCAUCCCUGGCAUGUUCCUGGCACUCGGAGUCAUCAUGUUUGCCUUUUACGGCGCCCUGAACAAGCCUUGGGUCGGCCCAGCAUCGUCAUGGAGACAAUCACAACGCAACCGACGACUCGACAUCCUGCGGAUCGUCAUGAUUGUGCUGAUCGGACUCUCGGCCAUCUUCGCCUUCGCUGCGGCAGUGUCGAACUCGCAGAUGUUUGCGGCGGUCCAGCUCGCCACGAGCCACAACGAGCAAGCCCCCGGCAUCUUCCAGGUGACCAAGGGCAGUGCAGCCCUCGCACUACACUGGCUAGCGGUCAUCUGGACCAUCGGCUUCCUGAUUGGCAUCGUCCAGACACACGUCGAAAUCAGCGCCGUCAAGAUCAAGGUCAACCCCGGCGACACGGCCGGCACGACGGGCGGCAGCCAGUUCCAGGCGAAUGGCAGCACAAUCGAGAGAGCGUCGCUCCUCAAGGAUGCGGAACCUAUGGCGAUCAACCCAGCUGGUCUGGCUCCGCAGGUUCCCAAUCCCAACUCGACCAACGGUGCUGGAGGGGCUGGCGGACCCAUGGGCGCACGAGGCGGUAUGAGGGGCGGCGCUCGUGGAGGGGCCAUGGGAAUGCGGGGCAGAGGCGGCGCUAUGGGCCGAGGGCGAGGCAUGUAA